AUGGCACCUCUUACGCUUUCGCCUCGCAGGCCUCGAAAGAAACGCCGAGCUUUGUCGGGAUCUGGGCUCAACACUGACCUGGUAGUGUCCAAGGGCCAAGAUGCCUAUGUGCCGGCUCUCCCCUUGGUGUCUUUCUUCUGGCCUGCGCGGUCCGGUGUAUCUCAAUGGCUUAUUCUUCCCGUCGUCUUGAUGAUUGUUGGCCUCUUCCGAUGGGGGACUUCGUUGUGGGGUCACUCUGGAUAUGGUGUACCUCCAAUGCAUGGCGACUUUGAAGCCCAAAGGCACUGGAUGGAACUCACUAUACACCUCCCCACUUCUUGGUGGUAUUUCUACGAUCUGCAAUACUGGGGAUUGGAUUACCCCCCAUUGACAGCCUACCAUAGCUGGCUACUAGGGAAGAUAGGCCAACUAGUCGAUCCAACAUGGUUUGCAUUGGACGAAUCUCGUGGUCUAGAAGGGCCACUGUUGAGGGUUUAUAUGAGAGCCACAGUUGUUGUCUCCGAGUACCUAGUUUAUAUCCCAGCUGUUGUCAUCUUUCUGCGAAGAUAUGCUCGUGAGCAAGGCGUUGGACCAUGGCCAGGCUCCAUUGCUCUCUGCGCGGUACUUAUGCAGCCGUCUACAAUUCUUAUCGACCAUGGGCAUUUCCAGUACAACACUGUGAUGCUUGGCUUCAUAGUUGCCUCGCUUGAAAGCAUGUACGCUGGUAGGCCUUUAUGGGCAAGUAUAUUCUUUGUCGCAGCCCUGGGGUUCAAGCAAAUGUCACUCUACUUUGCUCCGGUUGUGUUUGCUUAUCUCUUGGGUAUUUGCUUCUCUCCUCGGAUUAGACCCAACAGGCUGCUCGGCAUUGCUCUGAUUACCAUCGCUGCCUUUGCCGUACUGUUCGCACCCCUCCUCGCUGGAUCGCUCGCAGACUGGUACCGCAACAUCCCAGGGCCUGAUAACCUACCACCGUUGAUGAAAUUACUUCCAAUACAGAUACAUGAAACCUCCUGGCUUUAUCAGGUAGUUGUACAGCUUACCCAGUGUAUUCACCGUAUAUUCCCAUUUGCACGUGGAUUGUUCGAAGACAAGGUUGCCAACGUGUGGUGUGCCAUCCACACUUUCUACAAGCUCAAUAAGUUCGACCCCAGCAUACUCAAGCUCGCAGCCCUGGGCGCUACCCUCAUCACCAUAAUGCCAUCCUGUUUGAUAAUUGGACGAUAUCCUCGCACCCAUCUUCUCCCUUAUGCCUUAGCAAGCACUGGCUGGGGUUUCUUUCUCUGCUCCUUCCAGGUCCAUGAGAAAAGCGUUCUACUACCUCUUCUACCCAUGACUUUGCUCUUGGGAAGCUCCGGUGGACUUAGCAAAGAAAUACGUGCUUGGGUUGGUUUGGCUAAUAUGCUCGGCGUAUGGACAAUGUUCCCACUUCUAAAGCGUGACGAGUUACGCAUUCCCUAUACUGUCCUUACGCUCCUAUGGGCGUACUUGCUAGGACUACCGCCAAUUUCUCUUGAUCUAUAUAGGAGUCGCAGCCCUGCACAGAACUCCGUGGAGCUAUUUACCAAAACCAAGCUCAUCCAUAUAUCUUACUAUGCAGCCAUGCUUGGGUGGCAUCUUCUUGAAAGCAACGUUUCACCGCCGCCUACAAAACCAGAUCUAUGGGUUGUCCUGAACGCACUAAUAGGUGCAUCAGGCUUUGGAAUUAUCUACCUUUGGUGCAACUGGAAACUCAUACAAGCGGUCAUCUUUGAACCGCAGCCGCCAUCCUUGACCCCGAAGCGCAAACGUACAGUUCCUGGAAAAGUGCCCCUUGAAGAGGUUAAAGAACAAAAUAUCGUUGUCAAAGGGGCAACGGACUCCAAGACUGACUCCAAAACUCAGAAAGGCCCCAAGAGCUAG